AUGUGGCAGGCCAAGGACCAGUACCGGCGUUGCCAGGAAGCGGCUUGCACCAUCCGAACCCACUGGUGGUGGCAAGGGAUGCGGCAGCGUGGUGGCACCAAGGACAGUGUGGAUCUGAGCAUCGAGAUUGUCCUGGGCUGA